AUGCGACUUCCUUCUGGCGGUGGCUUGGGGAGGACUAAAAAUGUUAUACACUUUGCACAAGCAUUUAUUAUCUUCCUCGCAUGGGCAUUGACCAUCGCUAUUUGGACUAAAGGCGAUGGCAUGGACGGCCGCACAGUCUGGUACUGGAUUUUGUGCUGGAUUAGUAUACCCGCCCUGAUCUACCUUUCCGCCGUGCCUAUGUGGCCUCGAGCCCGUCGCUUUGGAAAUGUCUACGCAUUCGCUUGCGUUGACCUCGUAUAUACAAUUUUCUGGUUGAGUGCCUGGGCAUGUCUUGCCUCCUACGUCGCCGAAGGUAAGAGCAUCGGUAAAACAACAUCCUCGGACAAAACAACAAAAUCUCGCCGCGAUACAACAACCACCACUUCAGCCACUACCACUGCUACAACAACUGCCACAACUACCACCAGUACAAGUACAAGUACUGCCACUGGCUUAACCGGCUGUAAUAACUGGGCUUACGGAAGUGCCUCCAAGUGCACCCUCAGCGAGGCUACCACUAUCAUCGGCGUCGUCAUUUUCCUUCUUUUUAUUUCUACAGCCUGGAUCUCUGUCCGUAACGUCAUACACUUCCGCAAAACUGGUACCCUUCCCGAUGCUGUCUCCGAUCCCACCUUCGCUGCGCAGAGUAAAGCUGCAUUCUCAUCAAAUCCCACCGGUGACUUUGAAGAUGACGAGGAAGAUUUCCGAUCUUCACGUGUUGGUGGCAUGGGUACCUCAUUGCGUGAUCAGGAUGAGGACUAUGCCCUGCUGCAGCAGAGCGAGGUUGACGACCUAGGCAACCCGAAUGGCCGGUCUGCAAUGCAUGGCUCUUAUGACCCUACUGCACCUGAUCCAGGCAGUGUUCUGCAUGAUUAUAAUAGCACCGGCUAUGGUGGUGCACAUGGACAGCACUACGAGCCUCCGUCCGAGUUCGGAGAAUCAUCAAUUAGCGGAUACGGCAGAUAA